AUUUCCGUUAUCUCAUUCACUGACCGGCAAUUGUGGCGCGUGGAUAGCAACGAUAGCGAAAGUUUUAAGCAAGUGAAGUGAAAAAGCGCUAAACUAAUUAGUUUAAAGAUGAAUUUACCACCAAACCCGGGAACUGCUCGUGGACGUGGGCGUGGAAGCAAGCGCAAUGAAGAGGCCAAUCGCGGCUUGGCUCCUCAACUUGGUCAGUCGCAGUUGGCAGGGAUUGAAGCAUCUGGAGGUUCUGGUGAUGCUCAAUUGGUGCACGCGAUGCAGAAAGCCAAGUUGAGCGAUGUGCAAGUGCAGGUGUCCGAGGGAGAUCCGCGUGGUUCCGUGCGCGGCCGUAGGCUGAUAACGGAUGUGGUACAUUCUCGUCCUCAAGGAAUGACCACCAAGAACGGAGUGUCUGGUCACAGGAUUACCGUGCAGACAAACUAUUUUAAGGUAUUAAAGCGUCCAAACUGGACAAUCUACCAGUACCGCGUCGAUUUUACGCCCGACGUGGACAAUACACGAUUGCGGCGGGCUUUUAUGCAUGAACAUCGAAGCCUUCUCGGCGGCUACAUCUUCGACGGAACCAUCUUGUUCUGCACCAAUCAGUUCAAGCCUGUACAGAAUAGCCCAUAUGUUCUGGAACUGGUGACGAAGAGUCGCGCUGGAGAAAACAUUGAAAUUAAGAUCAAGGCUGUUGGAUCUGUGGAUACGGCCGAUGCGCAGCAGUUUCAGGUCCUUAACCUCAUACUGCGUAGGGCCAUGGAGGGCUUAAACUUGCAGCUGGUCUCGCGCAAUUUCUUUGAUCCUCAAGCUAAGAUUAAUUUGGAGAAUUUCCGUAUGCAAAUUUGGCCUGGCUAUCAGACUUCGAUUCGCCAACACGAGAAUGAUAUAUUACUGUGUGCAGAGAUAGCCCACAAGGUGAUGAGAACUGAUACCUUGUACAAUAUUUUAUCCGAGGCUAUUCGUGACAAUGACGAUUAUCAAACUGCAUUUAAACGUGCAGUAAUGGGUAUGGUGAUAUUAACGGACUACAAUAACAAAACCUAUCGCGUUGACGAUGUGGACUUUCAAUCGACACCCUUAUCCAAAUUUAAUACCAAAGAGGGUGAUAUCUCGUACGUGGAUUACUAUAAGAAGCGAUACAACAUCACCAUUCGAGACUUCAAGCAGCCUCUGGUCUUGUCUCGUCCCACAGAGAAAAACAUUCGUGGAGGCAAUGACCAGCCUCUGAUGAUUAUUCCCGAGCUGGCUCGGGCUACAGGAAUGACAGACGCUAUGCGCGCCGACUUCAGGUUAAUGAAGGCUAUGGGUGAGCAUACCCGACUGGCUCCAGAUCGUCGCAUUGAACGCCUGCGCAUGUUCAACAGGCGCUUAAAGUCCUCUAAGGAGAGUACAGAGACCAUGAAGUCUUGGAACAUCGAGCUAGACUCUGCCCUGGUGGAGAUUCCAGCUCGCGUUUUGCCAUCGGAGAAGAUAUUAUUUGGCAAUAACAAAAAGUUCAUAUGUGACGUUCGCGCCGAUUGGACCAGUGAGUUUCGCAGUUCUUCGAUGUGGAAGCAUGUGGACAUCAAUAGAUGGUGCGUGAUUACACCGGGUCGAAAUCUGCGCGAGACUCAGGAAUUUGUGCAGAUGUGCAUCCGUGCAGCCAGCACCAUGAGGAUGAACAUCGCCAAGCCUAUCUAUGAUGAAAUUAGAGAUGACCGCAACGGUACUUACUCCCAAGCGAUCGACAACGCCGUAGCCAAGGAUCCACAGAUUGUGAUGGUUGUCAUGAGAUCUCAGAAUGAAGAGAAAUAUAGCUGCAUCAAAAAACGCACUUGCGUGGACAGACCAGUGCCGUCGCAGGUGGUGACAUUAAGAGUCAUCGCGCCCCGACAGGAAAAAUCAGCUGGGCUCAUGUCUAUCGCAACAAAGGUGGUUAUCCAGAUGAACGCCAAAUUGAUGGGGGCUCCCUGGAUGAUCGAUCUCCCUCUCCGUGGACUGAUGACUGUUGGUUUUGAUGUCUGUCAUUCAUCAAAGGACAAAAACAAGUCAUAUGGGGCUCUGGUUGCCACCAUGGACCAGAGGGAGUCGUCUCGCUACUUCUCCACGGUAACCGAACACAUGAAGGGCCAAGAAUUGUCGGAACAUAUGUCGCUGAACAUGACGUGCGCCCUGAAAACGUACCGGGAGCACCACGGCAGUUUGCCAGAGCGCAUUCUUUUUUUCCGCGACGGUGUUGGUGAUGGCCAGCUCUACCAGGUGGUGAACACCGAGGUGAAGUUCCUAAAGGGCAAGCUCGACGAAAUUUACAAAUCGGCGGGAAAAACAGAGGGCUGUCGCAUGGCAUAUAUCAUUGUAUCCAAGCGCAUUAAUUCUCGCUACUUUGCUAACAGCCGCAAUCCAGUUCCGGGCACAGUGGUCGAUGACGUUAUUACCUUGCCAGAGCGCUAUGACUUCUUCCUAGUGUCCCAGGCUGUUCGUCAAGGAACCGUGUCGCCUACCAGCUACAAUGUCAUUUGUGACAACAUGGGACUAAGCGCCGAUAAGCUGCAGAUACUCUCUUACAAGAUGACCCAUAUGUACUACAAUUUCUCUGGAACUGUACGGGUCCCCGCUGUUUGUCAGUACGCCCACAAAUUGGCUUUCCUCGUGGCCGAAAGCAUUAAUCGUCAGCCUUCAGCAGGACUAGAGAAUCAGCUGUACUUUUUAUAAAACGUACUGGCAUCAAAUAAUCUAACAAUUUUACAACAUGAUAUAUUGACAUUUGUAUUAAGAUACAUUCAUUUGAAGUUAAUAAAGGUAAUACACACUUAUCUUUUCCCAAUCUGAAAA